AUGGCUACUCGGGCUUUCUUUGCGGUUGCCUGCCUUGUAAUUGUCACUGUAUCUGGUGCACAAGAAGUUCAAGGCCGCGGCACGACGCUUCCCCUGACGGUCGACCUUGGUUACGCUCUCUACCAAGGCGUGGAGGAUACUGCCAAUGGACUGAGCGUCUGGAAAGGGAUCCAAUUCGCAGCCUCUCCCACAGGAAAGCUGAGAUGGCAGGCGCCGCGCGUGCCCGAGACAAACAGGACUGCGGUCCGGUCUGCUGCCGACUUUGGACCCGUCUGCCCCCUGCAGUUCCCGGCCCCGUCGCCGCCGCCCUUUGCCCCAGGAAACGAGGACUGCCUGUACCUGAACGUGUACGCGCCGAGCAGGACGGCGGGUGCGGCCAAUGGUACGACUGACGGUCCUGGUGCUGCCACCACUGCCUUGCCCGUCUACGUCUUCAUCCACGGCGGUGGAUACGGGGUCGGAGAUGGCAGGAUGCCGAUGGAGGCCUUGGUGGCUGCCAAUGGGAACAGUUUUGUUGCUGUGACGAUACAGUACAGAAUCGGCGCGUUUGGCUUCGCAGCAUCGCCAGAGAUAAAGGCCAAGGGCGUCCUCAACGCAGGACUGCUGGACCAGGAGUUUGCGUUGAAGUGGGUGCAGCGCCAUAUACGAAAGUUUGGCGGAGACCCGAGACGCGUCACCAUCGGCGGGCAGUCUGCGGGCGGCGGGAGCGUUAUGCUUCUGGCGGUUGCAAGAGACGGUGUGCUGGGCGAGCAGCUUUUCACCAAUCUCAUCCCGGCAUCGCCAUAUCUCCCUACGCAGCCACGCUACGACGAUAGAGUCAUCGUUGAGCGCUACCGAGCUUUUGCGAGGUUGGCUGGGUGCCCGACGGAUGGACUUGCGUCUUUUGACUGCCUGGUUGCGGCGGAUACCUUGACUCUGCAGUAUGCUAACUCGAACCUGACCGUGGGCAGCCUGAUUCCAUACUCAAACUGGGCCAACAUCCCCGUCACAGAUGGAGAGUAUCUCACCGCGCCUGCAAGCCAGCUUCUGUCAAAGAAAAAGCUCAACGGUAGAAGGCUACUCACUGGGAUGGUCGCCAACGAGGGAUCUCUUUUCCCACCGAGAGACAUCAACACAGAAGAUCGUCUCCGCGCAUUUAUCAAGCAAAACUUUGUGAACUUCUCCGAAGAGCAAGUGACGGCCGUUCUUGAUGCAUACCCCAGCGUUUCGGGCCCAGACGACCCAAACAGCCCCCGAUUCGAAACAGACGGCCUUGGUCCCGCCACGGCUGUCAACGUCAGCCAGGCCGGAACCGGACAUCAGCAGCGCGCCUAUAACAUAUAUGCCGAGGCCACGUUUGUCUGCCCCGCCUACUGGCUUGCCGAUGCGUUUAGCUCCUGCUCCGGGCGUGAGAGCUACAGCUACCAGUUCUCAGUUCCCUACGCGACACAUGGUCGGGAUAAUGCAGCUAUCUACGGGCCGGACCACCCGAGCCACGGCCCUGAUUUCAGGCUUGCUUUCCGCCGAAUCUUUGGAAGCUUCGUCCUCAAAGGAAACCCAUCCAUCUCCAACGGCGUGGCCAACGGAGCGUCUUCGUCGAGCCCAGACGCACCCAACAACGCAACCAUGUGGCCGAGGUGGAACGCCGGACAUCGGCAGAUGCUCAACCUAAAUCAGACGGGUGGGACACCGUACUCGGCCGUGGUCGACGGCGCGACCGUGAUCGAGUUUACGGGCCCGAGCUUGCGGAACGACUUUGACCUCGUUGAUGCCUACUCCUGGGAGGGCGGAAGGGGUGCGAGGUGCGACUUUUGGCAGACGCUCAACGCUGUUAUUCCCCAGUAG